CUGAUUUGCUUUUGAAGUCGGGUGUUGUUGACGGUUAGCAGCGAACCAGCGAGUGACUCGGUACCAGACUCACAAUGGCUAGUAGGAAAAGGAAAUCUCUGUCUUCUAUACUGAAGACAGUGUCACCAUCAAGGACUGCAUUGUCGGAUUUGAACCCGAAUGUGAACGAACUACCGACUGAUGAAACAACCCAUCUAGAUCUGAUAGAGAAAAAGAAGCGGAGGUCCUCUAGGAGAGUGAGUUUUGCAGAGACCUACCAAGUCAAAGAAUUUCUGAAAGAUUCUGACAGGAAAGAAUUAGGCCUAUGGAAUGAUUCUCAAGAUGGUACGACACACCAGGAAUUGCCAGCCAGUGAACAAGCAAAUGUUCAAUCCGACCAUGCUGGACCGAGUGGGAGUCAUCAUGAUCAAGCCCCUUGUAUUACAGGUUUGGAAACCCUGUUGUCUGGACCCAUUAAACAGGAAGCACAUUCCAUGACCUCGGAAGAGCAAGAUCCUUAUGGAUCCACCUUUAAAAGGGCUGCAAAUCAACUUAAUCAGUGUCCUCCAAAUUACAACGUGGAACAAAGGAAGAAUGAUAUCAAUGAAAGUAGUGUGAAAAGCAGUUUCCUGAAGUCUGUGAUUGCAGCAGAUUCAUCGUUUGCAGCGCCUGCAUUUGGGUCUUUUGCAUCAACAUCCAGACAACAGGCAGAAGAUCAGGAAGACAGACCUCAAGGAUCCAGCUUCAAGAACACUUUCUUGCAAGCAGUUGUGGCUGCAGAUGCACUUGGUUCAAUGAAACAUCAAAGCCAGCAGCAGAAUGUGGAUCUUGGUAUGGAGUUCACAACUUGUUACGACCCCAGUGACAUCACAAACAGAUAUGAAGGAAACAAAGAAAAAGUUGGAGAUAUCACAAGAAUAUUUGGAGGACAGGGAGAUGGGUUUGAGAAUGAUAAUGGGAUGGAUAUGACCACGUGUAUGGGAGGUUUCGAGACAAUGCAGAAGAAGCUUGCAAGACCGGCAGCAGAAUCAACAAGAAUUUUCGAUGCUGAGAACACAAACAAAAUGGAACUGACAGAGUGCCUCAAGGAUUUUGGAGGAAUUUCAUGCAGCACUAACAAAUCCCUUGGAAGGACUUUGAAUCAAACAGGAACCAAUUUGAAUUUUACUCAGGUGUUUGGUAAAAUGUCAGAAAGUGAUUAUGCUGACAUGCCCCAUGAAUCCACCGCAAGACUCCUCCAGAGAAUUGAUGAUGCCAUUGCUGGAAGCGAUUGUAGUGGGGCCGAAACAACAGGGGUAGAUAAUAGCAAAACUGGCCACAUGAAUGCUUUGCACAGCACAAGAAAUAAUACUCGAAAGUCCUUAGCCCUGGACACAAUUCAAGAGGUUUCUUCAUCCACAGCAUCGAUGUUAAAUUCAACCUCUAGGGAUAAAUCAGCAGUGGCUGCAUCCUUUGUACUUGAAGCCUGCACGGAAGAUGAUGAAAUGGAUAUAACCACUUGCAGUAAUUACACAAAAGACAUCAGGAUCAGGUCAGCUCAGGAAGAAAUGAACAGGUCACUGGAUAAAAAUGAAGCGAUGUGUGAUGUUGGCGAUUCAGUAUCUGCUGUAAAACCAAAGGUGGUGGUUUCAUCUUCUGUUGUGGCAAAAGGAAGCAGUGGAGACCAUACCAGAGUGCUUGACCAAGCUGCAGAUGAUUCAGCUGAAAUGGAAAUGACCUGUGCCAUUACCCAGCCACUAAUCAAAGGUAAGGAGGUAAAAGAAGAACUUCCAAGGGCUCCAGCAUUGUCAGAUGAAGACAGAACUAGAGUUUUUACCUCGGAGGACACUGCCAUGAUGGAAAUGACAUGUGUUGUGAGUGGAGCAAGUAGGUCAGCAUUACAUAUUGAGAGUGUCCACCAACAAAAAACGAUACCUUCAUCAGUCUCAAGCAAAGUAGUGUCCCACACUCAUUCUGCAAAAGAUGCCAAUAACUCAGAUGAUAUGGAAAUGACCUGCGCCAUAAAUCAAACACUGAUGACAGGUAGUCAGGCCAAGGGACAACUCCCACAAUUAACAGUCGUUGAUAAAGACACAACCAGAGUAUUCAACUCUGAUGACACUGCAGCAAUGGAGAUGACUUGUGCCAUGAAUCAACCUGUUAUCAUAGGCAGUCGGUCAAGAGGGAAACCUCUAAGCCUACAAGCAACUUCUGAUGAAGACAAGACCAGAGUAUUUAACUCUGAUGACACUGCAGCGAUGGAGAUGACUUGUGCCAUCAAUCAACCUGUUAUCAUAAGCAGUCAGUCAAGAGGAAAACCUCAAAUCCUACAAGCAACUGCUAAUGAAGACAAGACCAGAGUAUUUAACGCCGAUGACACUGCAGCGAUGGAGAUGACUUGUGCCAUGAAUCAACCUUUUAUAAGCAGUCAGUCAAGAGGAAAACCUCAAAUCCUACAAGCAACUGCUAAUGAAGACAAGACCAGAGUAUUUAACGCCGAUGACACUGCAGCGAUGGAGAUGACUUGUGCCAUGAAUCAACCUGUUAUCAUAAGCAGUCAGUCAAGAGGAAAACCUCAAAUCCUACAAGCAACUGCUAAUGAAGACAAGACCAGAGUAUUUAACGCCGAUGACACUGCAGCGAUGGAGAUGACUUGUGCCAUGAAUCAACCUGUUAUCAUAAGCAGUCAGUCAAGAGGAAAACCUCAAAUCCUACAAGCAACUGCUAAUGAAGACAAGACCAGAGUAUUUAACGCCGAUGACACUGCAGCGAUGGAGAUGACUUGUGCCAUGAAUCAACCUGUUAUCAUAAGCAGUCAGUCAAGAGGAAAACCUCAAAUCCUACAAGCAACUGCUAAUGAAGACAAGACCAGAGUAUUUAACUCUGAUGACACUGCAGCAAUGGAGAUGACUUGUGCCAUGAAUCAACCUGUUAUCAUAAGCAGUCAGUCAAGAGGAAAACCUCAAAUCCUACAAGCAACUGCUAAUGAAGACAAGACCAGAGUAUUUAACGCCGAUGACACUGCAGCGAUGGAGAUGACUUGUGCCAUGAAUCAACCUGUUAUCAUAGGCAGUCGGUCAAGAGGGAAACCUCUAAGCCUACAAGCAACUUCUGAUGAAGACAAGACCAGAGUAUUUAACUCUGAUGACACUGCAGCAAUGGAGAUGACUUGUGCCAUGAAUCAACCUGUUAUCAUAGGCAGUCAGUCAAGAGGAAAACCUCAAAUCCUACAAGCAACUGCUAAUGAAGACAAGACCAGAGUAUUUAACGCCGAUGACACUGCAGCAAUGGAGAUGACUUGUGUCAUGACUGGAGUGAAUACCUCUGCAUUUUCCUUUAAGAAUGCACACCAAAGCAAAAUUUUGUCCUCAGCAGGGCUUCCUUCUUCAGAAAAAGAGCAUGCUUCAUCUUUUGUAUCAGGUUUGACUCAAAGUGUGGACAAUGAUACCAAUAAGACCGCUGAAGACACUACAACAUGUUUUGAAAACACUACUUACUUGAGAAAACUACCAGAAGGACUGGCUUAUCAGAUGAGGACAAGGAAGGGAAAGCAAGGCAUGGACAUCUUGCAGAAUGACGACACUGCGUUCAUGGAAAUGACUGAAUGUGUAAGUGCACCUUUCUCUUCAGAAAACUCAGAUCUUCCUACAGAUGAUAUGAAGCUGACUGAAGGUCUUGAUAAACAACAUGGAACGUCUCAACCAAAGAUGAUGAGGCAGCAGGACUAUGAGAAUACAAAGAUAUAUGAUGAUGAGAACACUGGACACAUGGAGAUGACAACAUGUAUAGAUACACUUCCGUCAAUGAAGGUAGAGGGAAAGGUGUGUAGAGAUGAUCAAACACAUGUGUUCAAUAAUGAGGAUACUGCAAACAUGGAAAUGACAUGUGCUGGGGUUGUCUUACCCCCACUGUCAAAAGCAAAACAGAUUCCUAAAAACAGUUCUGAGGAGCCAACACAUAUUUCUCGGUCUGAUGAUCCUUCUACAGGCAUGGAAUCGACAGCAUGUGUGCUUUCCAGGAAUUCAUCAUCAACCGUAAAUGCACAUGCAGGCAGACCUGUAAACUCUGAUGUACUGGGUAAAACACUUCUUUUCAGCCAAUCAACAUGUGACGACACAUCAGGAAAAAAUCAGACCCAGUCUGAGACUUCGGAUGUUGCAUUUCCAAGAAUGAAAGUUGAGAAAAUGAUUCUACCACAAUUUUCUACUGAAUCAGAAAUGAAGAAUACCCAACAAACCACUCGGGUUGCUGAUGUCAGCACCUUGAUCAAUGCUGAACAGUCUUUGAGAGAUAUAGAUGAUUUCAAGAUUCAACCAAACAAUGCUGCUGAAGAGAAAAUCCAUCAGAAAGAUGGUGAGAUAAAUAUCAGUGGUGACAUCCCUCAUGACAAGACAUCAGAUACGUAUACUCUUACUCACCCCGCUCUCCAACAGGAUGAGGACAAUCAACUAGGGGAAGAACUAGCUGCACAGGAAAAGCUCCAACAGGGUCGCAACUCUGACACUUUCACCAUCAAUAAUUCCUCUGUGACAGGGUCUGGGAAGAGGAAAUUGAGUUCACUUACAGAGGGAAUCUCACAAAGAUCUACAUCUGCUUCCAGUGAGGAAGGCAAGUCCAAGGCUAAUGAAGAGGGGUCCACUAGUUCACCUGACUCGGAAUCGCAUGCAUCAUUUGUUUUGAAGGACAGUAUCAUCUUGCCAGAUUGGAUUGAUGCCGAAGAUGAGAAAGGAAUUUUGGAUGAACUGCCCAUUGAUAAUGACAACACUGAAGAUUUGUGCAUGACUUCAAACAAGAGGCAGAGAAUUGAAGAUGCUGUCUUCACAUCAUCUUAUAUGGAUGCAUCCCAUUUGACCUCUAACCUUUCCCAUCUGCCCUUGUCAUCCGAGAGGGGUUCAAGUUCAGUUGAAGACUUCUUGCAAAUGUUAUUCAAGUUCAACGACCUUCCUAUGGGCAAACGUAGUGUCAUGUGUCCCACAAAGAUUUCUGAGCCUUCUACACUAAGCAGCCAAUUAGAAGAUACCUGUGUCAUUAAACCUAAAGCUGAUAUGUACGAAUGGGCCAUCAAAUUUCUCACACCAACUGUUCAAGAGCUAAGGAAAUCGGUGGCAUCACAAGAUCCAAAACACUUUGAAGAGAAUGUUCCCAUUGUCAAGGAAUUGCAAUCUGCUGGUCCUGAAAGAUGUUCUGAGAUACUUGAGAAAGGGAAGAAUCUAGAGAAGUAUUGUAAAGCAUCCUCUAAAACCAAGAUGAAAGGUUGGAGGCUACAAAUGAUCAAGAAUACCACGACAACCAUGCAGGAUUCAAGCCAGCACUUUGGAAACAAGCUAGCCAAGGUGACAAGUUCAAUAUCUACAAUUGAGGAACUGUUGCAGCAAUUACACUCUGUUGAGAGUUCAUUGGAUGAUGCAAUCAAGAGCAUAGAAGAAAUGAAAUUGCCGUCUGAAGAAGAGAAAUCAGAAUGGAUUGCAAAUCAACAACGAUUGGAAUUAAUGGAAUCAAAUCUCAAAGAACAAGAACAGGCAGUACAAGAGACUGAAUGCAAGAGGAGAAGGUUAGAAGGAGAGAUAAAGAGUUUAGAGGAAAGUACGAUGAAGCUGGAGGCAGAACAAGAAUUAUUGAGCAGACCUGGAAAGGUAACCAACCAAUCAGAGGCAGAUAUAGAGAAAAUGAAGUCCGAGAUCCUCCUCCUCCAAAGCCUUCAAGAAUGGAGACUGCAAGCUUUCCAAGAAAAUAAUUACAAGUUUUCAUCCCUUGGCAAGUCAGUAUUGCUCCACGUAAAGUAUGGUGGCAAAGAAACAGGAAACAAGUUGAUUGAUGUCACAUUACAUAGUGUGCUUGCACAUGAUGCCUGUAGCUCAGCUAAACUUGCCCAUUCACUAUUCUUCAGCAGUGUAAAUACAGACCAGUUAAAAACUCUCUAUCCAACUUAUGAUGACCUUCCACAGAUGAUGCAACAUAUGUCAGAGUUGGUUGGUCAGGUCAGGUUGCUAGAGGCCGAGGUUAGUAGAAUAGACUUCUGGCAUCCAGUUACUACAACACACAACAGAUUAUCAAUUGAGUUUUCAAGUAUUGAAAACCACUGUAUGUUGUGCAUUCAUCUGGAUCUACUACCAGGCCAGUAUCCAGUCACAGCAAUACCACACAGCUCUAUCAUCAAGAUAGGUAAAAUAAGUGAGAAGGCCAUCAGUGACACCAUCGAUGCAGCACCUGGAUGGGCGUACAUCACAAGAAUCACCAAAGGCAUUGAACAGCUUCUCAAGCAUUCAACAUGAGAGAUUGUAUCUAUUUGUUGGUAACGUAAGGCGACCGCACACCUUACGAUUGGUCUGCGACCCGAUUUCAGAAUAGAAUGUAGUAGAAUUUGAUGCUAAUAUUGAGACUUGGAAUAUCUUACUGUGUAAAGUUCUAAAUCAUCAUAUGAAUACCUCUGUUCAAAUCGGUGACUAUGCUAUCAUCCUUCUUAGAAUAAAAGCAAAUUUAAUACCUACAUGUAGUCAUAAUGACGUCAUAGCAGUAGUACGAUUGACUACGAAUUGAAACUAAUUUGGCCUUUUUAUUCCAAAAUAAAGGCUUGCAAUCUUUCAAAAUGGUUAUAUUCAUAUUAUUUCAAUUAAUUUUAACCUGAAAUAAAGUGAUAUGUUCCAUUCACAUUUUCAGAAAAUGACCAAAAUACGAUAUAUUCUAAAAUCGGAUUGCGAACAGUCGUAACGUGUGCAGUGGCCUUUAGCUAUUGUUAUUAUUCAUAUAAUUAGAGUGUAAAAAAACGUGUAAAUAAGAGGAAAUGACCAUUGUGAGAUUAACGCUGGUUAUCGCAGCUUUAUGUGUUGUCAAGUGACAUUGCACUCUUUUGUUUUUAUUUUGCAUGUGUUUUGUGGUGUGAGGAUACAAUCGGUUACUUAUGUACUU